AUGUCUCUCAACAACAAACUUCCGCACUUCACAAGCUUCCGAACGUUGGCUCGAGCGCCGGGCCGACCACGCGAGCCCGAGUACAUCCCACUCCCCGAUCUCGCUUCAACACUGCACGGCAGCCCCGUCGACGAGGUGAUCCAAGUGCUGCAAGAGCUGAGCGAGCUCGCCAUCAACAUCCACCUCGUCGCCACCACCAAGUCCGACCACGUCCGCAGCUGCAUCCAAGAGGAACUCGACGACGCCUACCAGGCCUGGGGAACAAAGCGCUACACCGUCGGUGAGAAGGGUCGGCCACAUCUCACCACCAUCAUGGACGUAGACUCCUACAAGGCCAUCAUCCGGAAGAACCGGGGCAAGAUCGGGGAUCCAGCGCGCAUCGUCCUCCGCCGCCCGCCGCCCUACGGCUACGAAAUCUCCCGCGGACAGCAAUGGUUCCUCCGCUGUGCUAUCCACCCUGACGCCGAUCCAGACGGCUCCCUCGCCCGCACAUGGUCCGCCUACCUCGAGCCGCAGCCGCAGUACCUGCCCUGCAAGACCACGCAGCAGCACUGCGACAUGCUCAUCCGCGCCUACGACAGCGUCAUGCAGUACGACAAGACGCACGGCCCCGGCACGCACCCGGGCAGCAAGUUCCACGGGCUCGGGCGCGCGCUGCGCCCCUUCGUCGCGCCGGGCGCCUUCGACGCCGAAGCCGUGUACUGGGUGCUGCACGAGUUCGUGCGCCUGGGGCUCUUCGUCGCGGAGCUGUGGACGCACUGCUGGAGGCUGAUACUGCGCUCCGAGCGCGGCGUGCCGCUCUGGAACGCCGACGGCAAGGCCCGCCAGCUCGACGCCAUGUACACGCUGCGCAUGGGCGACUGGACGGAUCCGACGCCGGUGCGCGUGCGGCGCGUGCUGGCCGAGGAGAACAUCGGCGCGACCCUGCUGUUCCUGGCGAACCACGUGUUUCCGACGGCUAUCGCGCCGCGGGGCAGCACGAUCAGCGCUGAGCAGCUGGCGUGGAGGAUGCACGGCUGGAUCCUGGACGCGGUGCGGACGAAGGGGUUCGAUGCGGAGGGGCGGAUCGCGCGGGUUAUCCGCGACAAUGCCCUGGACGCACUGCCCCUGGGUGGCAGCACGGCAUUCUACCAUCCACCCGGCGUGCUGGCCUUCUUCUCCCACGACCGCGUCCACCUCAGCAACAUCAACGAUGGGAAGCUGGAGGUGGGCAGCCGCGGUCGAGAUGUCCUGGAGUACGCCAACGCGGUGCGGGAUCCGCCCGACGACCGCCCUUGCUCGAUCUGCUACGACGACAUGACGGCAGGGGAGGAGCCGUGCGUGUGGCUGCUGCGCUGCGGACAUGUCUUCCAUGCGGAGUGCGUGCAGCCGUGGAUUAUCAAGGUGCAUGUUGGGCGCAAGGGGGAGAUGGUUGAUCCGCGGUGCCCGAACUGUAGAGAGGUGAUUUUUACUCGGCAGACGAUGCUGGCGGUGGCGAGGUGGGAGGCAUCCCAGAAGAAGGAAAAGAAGGAGGGAAAGAGGGAAGCGGGACAGAAAAAAAGCGAUGACGCCACGGGGAAGAAGAAGUAG